AUGGCGAGCUCAUCCCAGUUAUACCCUGAUUCGCUUUCCUCCGCUAUGCUGGAGACUGAAGCCAAGAGACUACUCCUUGCCAUGGGGCCUUGUGAAGUGAGAGGCUGCCAGUGUGCCUCGGGAGAAAGCACAUCCAAUCUGGACCACGUUCCCAGCAAAGCAAAGUGUAUCAUAUGUUCACAUCCCCUGGGCAAGCAUGGCAGCUAUGGGUCUUCCGGCUCUCGACUUCCCGUGGCGCAGAUAACCGAGCCCCAAGCUGUUCCAUCGUGGACUGCUAAGCGACCUCACUUCGUCCAUGAAUCGAUCGCCCGCUUGGACCGCUACUGCCUGAUUUGA